GGUUAGCUGAGUCUGAAAUGUGAAUUAUUUAUAGAGAGCCAAACUUGGAGGAAAUAGUAAAAAAUUGAGGGGAAGACAUGGGAAAAGCUUGGGUAGGCCUGGUGGUAUUGCUGUGUUUGAUUGUCACGGCCAUCGCCGAACAAUGCGGUCGUCAAGCUGGCGGGCAGACAUGUCCCAACAACCUAUGCUGCAGCCAGUACGGUUGGUGUGGAAACACCGAAGAAUACUGUUCCCCUUCUAAGAACUGCCAGAGCAACUGCUGGGGAGGCGGCGGCGGUGGCGGUGGCGGCGGCGGCGGUGAAAGUGCUUCUAAUGUCCGCGCCACAUAUCAUUACUAUGAGCCAGAGCAACACGGGUGGGACUUGAACGCCGUGAGUGCUUAUUGCUCAACUUGGGACGCUAGCAAACCUUACUCAUGGCGCAGUAAAUAUGGCUGGACCGCUUUCUGUGGUCCCGUUGGUCCUCGUGGCCGUGAUUCUUGUGGAAAGUGCUUGCGGGUGACAAAUACAGGAACAGGAGCAAACACAAUUGUGAGAAUCGUAGAUCAGUGCAGCAACGGAGGGUUGGAUUUGGACGUGGGAGUGUUCAAUCGGAUAGACACAGAUGGAAGAGGAUAUCAACAGGGGCAUCUCAUUGUUAACUAUCAGUUUGUGGAUUGUGGGAAUGAGCUCGACCUCACCAAACCUUUACUCUCCAUCCUCGAUGCUCCCUAAUUAAUACUAGCUCUCUGUAAUAAACAAUAAAGUGAAUGUGUGAGUUGCAGAUCUAGAGUCUUUCUAUUCGGAAAGACCUAUAUAUAGAAUUCAUACUCACGUGCUCUGAAUAAUUAAUAUUUUGUUGUCUCCAUCA